AAUACUCAUAAUAAUCAAUCAUGCCGGAACCAUCAGGACAGAAGUCCGCGCCGAAGAAGGGCUCCAAGAAAGCCGUGACCAAAGCCGGUCCCAAGGGCAGCAAGAAGAGGAGAAAGACCAGGAGGGAGAGCUACGCCAUCUACGUGUACAAGGUGCUGAAGCAGGUGCACCCCGACACCGGGAUCUCCUCCAAGGCCAUGAGCAUCAUGAACUCCUUUGUCAACGACAUCUUCGAGCGCAUCGGGUCCGAGGCUUCCCGCCUUGCUCUCUACAACAAGCGUUCUACCAUCACGUCCCGGGAGAUCCAGACCGCGGUCCGCCUGCUGUUACCUGGUGAGCUGGCCAAGCACGCCGUGUCUGAGGGAACCAAGGCUGUGACCAAGUACACCAGCUCCAAGUAAACUGUGGACACCAGUUUAAAAACCCAACGGCUCUUUUCAGAGCCACCCAUCUUUUCUAUAAAGAGUCUAUAUCCUUAUUCAUAUAAUUAACACGUGUGUGUGUGUGUAUCUAUACAUUUAUUUAGUUCUAUAUUGUAGGCUUCAUGUGAAAAUAAUACAUCCCUAUAUUAAAUUAACACAGUAAUUAGUGGAAAACCAAUGAAAUGAAUGAAUCAACCCUUCCUGUAACAUCGAAUAAUUUAAGUUAUACAAAUGUCUACACCUAGAUGUUGUGACAUAUUUACUGCUUAUUCAGAACAAUAUAUAUUUCAAAAUAAUGACUUUAAUGUAUUGUUCGAUAAUAUAUCUAAAGGAUUGUUAUUUGUAGAGCAUGUACUGUAUAUUUAUAUUCAAAAUGUUUAAUUCCACAUAUGAAACAAACAAUUAUGAAUAUUUGGUUUUGCUGUUGCACAAAUAGUGGUUCAUAGCAAGCGUGUGAUAUAAUUCCAUAUCAAUAGGAUAUCAUAUUUUAUUUGACGAAAUUGAUUGUGACAAAUCUUAUAUACCUAAAUUAUUUUAUAUUAUUCUUACAGUGUGUGAUAGAAAAUAUCAAACUGUAUAAUU